CUGCGAUGAAGCUGUAGGACUGUUACGGAAGAUGUUAUAAGUCUAACAAACGCAAUGGCGGAAGGUGAUGAUGGAGAUCCUGCAGCCUGCUCAUCUGGGACUCUGCGUCCAUCUUUCUCUUUGGGAAGAGGACUGGCAGGACGCUCGUUACUGAAUCCUCCACCUCCAGGCAGGCUCACAUCCCUGCGCUCCAGAGACCUCACACUCGGGGGAUAUAAAAAGAAAACAUUUUUACCAAAUGUCCACUCCAUUCGUAAAAGCAAAGACGAGUUAAGGGAGGAGCCUCGUACCGCGCCAAAGAAGGAUAGAAGGGAAAGGGAAGACAGGCAGAGAGAGCGAAGGCGGAAAGAGAGACCCCAGACUAUACAGUCACACUCCAUUUUUGAACAGGGACCUGCAGACACCUUCAGGAAAACAGGAAGUUGGGGGACGACAAAUCUGAGCGACUAUGAUCCUUCAGUUCCCACUAAAAGCAUUAAAAAGGAGAGGAAUGUCCCUGAGGAGGAGGAUGAUGAAAUUUUAGAAAAGCUUCAGCGAGAUGACUUCAUAGAUGAUCCUGGCCUGAAAAACGAUCCCAAGCAGACACCGAUAAGACUUCCACUGCAUCAGUCGUUCGACUACUUAGCGAAAGGGACAUCGCGGUCUUUAAAAGAAGCGUCGACUGAUCACCCUGGUUUGAGGUCAGUAAAAACCCAUGUUGGAACUUCUGCAGGUCCUCAGCCUCCUAGUGUCGGACAACUUUUCCAGCAGUUAAGCAUCUCGGAGCGGGAAGAGCUUUUAUUCAUCCAGCUUCCUGAUAGCAUUCCUGUCUCAGUAAACGCUCUAAAAAGUGAAAAGUCUGUGAAAAAGUGUGAUUCUGAAGACAAGCGUGCCUCUCAUAUCAAAGCACAAGACCCAGGGGGAAAAGCGUCUGUGCCUGUGCUGUCAGACUUCGCAGAAGGUUUUAUAGGCAAAGUGCAAAUUAGGAAAUCUGGCAAAGUGCAGCUUGUACUAGGAGACGUUACGCUGGACGUAUCAGAAGGAGCCGCAUUUUCUUUCCUGCAGCAACUUGUGUGUGUGCGGCUCGCUGAAGGUCUGACCGGAGACAUGACGGUGCUCGGAGACGUUAAACACAAGCUGGUGUGCUCCCCUGACUUCGAGGCUCUGCUUAAAGGGGUCAAGGCUCCGUCACGCAUCCAGCCACUCUUAAGUACUGUUCAGAUGGGUUAAGCUCUCCAGACAAGCUGGAAAAAUGGCAGAGGAUGUUUUUAAUAAUCAUCAUGACUAAUUUGCACAAGAUAAGCAUUCGCUGUGUACAUCACAGAGACUCAUCGGAUGUUUUGAACGAUGGAUCAUUUCCUGAGAGACUAUUUGUACCCUUGUUAUUUACUAACUCGCAAAGUUCUUUUAUACUGUGGGGAAAAAUGACAUAAACCAGGGUUUCUCAAACUGGAGGGCGUGACCAUGCACAUGGGGUCGCUUUAUUUACAACUUGAGAGUUUGGGAGAGGAACUCGGCUAAACUCAAACCUCCCUUGUUUUAAAUGAGUCCACGUAAUGGACUGAAUUGUGAAAAUGGAUUUUGCACGCUGUAAUUCUAAAGUGUUUUUUAUUUUAACAAACCACACUAAAAUUAAUAGCAUGUGUGCUAUUUUAAGUAAGUAUUAGAGAUUCAAAUUGAUUCAGGCACACCAUGAUUGAUGUGUCAGCGUCAGUUCACGUAUUACCACUCCAGAAUCAAAUUAUUUUUCACUUUCACUCACUCACUCACUCAUCUUCUAUGCUGCGUAAUCCUGUAUUCAGGGUCCCAGGGGGCCUGGAGCCUAUCCCAGGAGACUUGGGGCAGGAAGUAGGGUACACACACACACACGCUACUGGCAAUUUGGGAACGCCAAUUAGCCUAACCUGCAUGUCUUUGAAUUGUGGGAGGAAACCAAAGUACCCAGAUGAAACCACCAAGCACGGGGAGAACAAUGCAAAUCCAAACUAAAUUUGGGUAUCGUGAUAUCGUAGUGGAUGAUCUUUAGUAAGUAUAGCUCUCCUGACACAGUAUUAGAGUAAAAAGAGAGAAAAAAAAGAUUUUUUAGUACAAAGACUAGAUGAAUUGAUGUCAACAUGGCAUUACUCUGACUCAGUGGAGGAAAAGUUACUUAAACACAGUUCAACAUUUAUUAAGUAUGCAUUAACAGUCACAAUGGUGAAAUUUAACCAAGAAAUCAACAUGCGAUGUAUAACUGAGCACCCAGAUAUCUCUCUGUCAAUAUAAAGCUUAAUUCACAUAAUGGUAUAAGAGGAAUAACACACUUUGUGUGCAAUGUUAUAAGACAUUAAUAUACAUCUGGAUAGUAUGAAGCUCUGCUCCUUAUCACACCACUCGGCUGUGUAUUUCUCCUAUUCCCUCUCAUGUUUUAUUCCAUAUCUAUUUACCCUAAGCUGAAAUGCGGUUCCCGUUUAAAAUUUUUCAAUAUAUGAAAAACACAAGUUCAUCUGUCCUGCUAGGCAGUGCAAGGAAUAUUCCUUGGGUUUUUAUUUGUGCAUAGACUCAUUGUAAAAUGUUUAAAUAAUAAUUAAAAAAAGUUCAGAAAUGUGUAUAAAAAAUAUUUUUUAAAAGUAUAGUGGUCAAGACUUGAGCAGUUGCAGAAAGGUCACUGUCAGCUUCACAAAAUUGUUUUAACCCCCCCGGGUACAGUUUUUCUUAAAACAGGACGAACAAGAAAUCUGUAUAAAAUGAGAUUUUUACACAGAUACACACGAAUUGUGUU